UAUAUAUAUAUAUAUGCACAUAUACAUACAUACAGAGAGAAAGAAAGAGAUGAGGAGAUAAGACGAGUUAGUGAGAAAAGCAACAUAAAACGAGACAGAAGAAUUGGGAGUUUCUGUUUGUGAGAGGAAGGAAUUUCAGAGAGAAGAGUAGGGGGAAAAGAAUUAAGAAAUAAAGAGAAAAAUAGUAAGAUUGAGAAAGAGUGAAGAGAAAAGAAAAUAAGGAGAGCAAGGUUCAUUACUAAGCUAGGAAGUGAGAGGCCAAGGCAUCCCAUUUCCCAGGCUCUUCUUCCUUCUUAAAAUAUGAAUUCCUUGAAAAGACCUGUCAGUGAUUAUGACAAGGAGACUAGUUAUGAUCUGUUGGAUAAACAGGUGUACACGUCAUUGACGGCAAACGGAUGUUGUCACCAUGACGACACUCCAUUAAAGACUACAACCAGUAAGAAGUGGACACCAUCUUUGUGCAGUUGUUUCCGCAGUAAACCCUUGGCGUCGUCUGACCCCAGAUGUAAUCACAAUGUGUGGGGUUGUCUUGUGGUUCUAGGAAGUUUCAUAACACAUUUAAUUAUUGGUGGUUUAGAACGUUCCAAUGGAAUAAUUUACUUAAAAUUGGUCGAAGAAUUUGGUCGCAGUGCCGUUGAUACAGCAUGGGUCGUUUCCUUAAGUUCAACUGCGAAAUUAUUACUCGGUCCAUUAGCCACUGUGCUAUGUAACCGGUUCUCCUGUCGGAUAGUCGCUAUAUUAGGAGGUAUUAUUCUGGCAAUCGGUUUCCUCAUUACCUCUAAUGUCAACAAGAUAGAAUAUCUUUACGUGAGUUUUGGACUUAUAGGAGGGGUAGGCAGGUCUUUCGUAUAUACCCCAAGUGUAGUGAUAGUCACCAUGUACUUCAACCACGCCAAGAGUACGGCCUAUGGUGUGGCUAGUGCCGGAAGUGGUCUGGGAAUGUUAAUUGUUCCACCAAUAUUGCAGCUUCUCUUCACCAAACAUGAUUUCUACAGUUCCAUGCUGAUGCUGAUGGCGGUGGCGUUGUUUCUGUGUGUCGGUGGCAGUCUCUAUCGACCACCUCCUUUCAAUCAAGAGAAUAUAUGUUUACGAAACAGUCCGGAGACAGAUCGACUCUCAAGAACACAAAGUGAAGAUCCAGAUAAAUACUCACCUGCACCGUACCAUGACAUCGAACCUGGAACGCCAUCUACAAUUCUUUCAAUGGAUACCACAGAGAUGACCACCACAACGACGGUAACCACGCUUCUGAAGGAAACCCAGCAAGACGUCAACGAAAAUCUGCAAAACGACCGACAGCUUCUGGACCUUCAGGAGUCGGUAGAACCAGACUCACGAUUUCGUAAAAAACUUUGUCAUAUUUUAUGUUGUUGUUGUAGUAACAGUCACCGGCGACAACACCAUCAUAAGCAAAUUCGGUCGAAAUCGAAGUCGAAAUCGAAAUCAAAAUCGAAAUCGCUCUCGGAAGACGACUGCGAAUGCUGUAAUUGUCACAAAAACAGGACGAUGAAACAAAAUCGCAAAGUUCUUAUAGAUUUAACUCUUUUAAAAGAUCCUAUGUUUCUAAUAUUUGGUACAAGCCUUUGUCUUUUCACCCUAGGCUCGCAGUCGUCUGCUGUGUUUGUCCCAGCGCUUGGCAAGGAAAAAGGUUUAGAUAAUAUCAAAGCAGCAUAUUUGAUAUCGAUUCUUGGUGUUACCGAUGCUGUGGCAAAGAUCUGCGCUGGGUUUUUACUUGAUCACAAACCUUUGCAAAAAUAUCGGCGUUUUUUAUACAAUCUCAACGUCUUUCUAAUAUCAAUUCUCAUCAUACUGUGUCCAUUUAUGGAAAAUUUUACCGGAUUUGGAAUCCUUUGCGCCGUUUAUGGUGUAUUAAAUGGAAUUAAUGUGUCUCAAAAAGCAAUAAUGCUUUCAGAAAUUCUUGGAGAGGAAAAUAUUUCCAGUUCUUUCGGACUUACCAUUUGUUUCCAGGGAUUAGGUGCUUUAAGUGGACCCCCUCUAUCGGGCCUACUGAAAGACACCUACCAGUCCUACAACGAACCCUUCUACUUUAUAGCGUCUGUUGUGAUAGCAGGAGCUUGUAUCAUGGCGGUUGGUAAUAUUUAUCAUUCCUGUCAACUGGCCAAGCGAAUGAACGCCGAAGAUACGAUCCCAGCAACAGCCGACAUAGAAACAGCUGUACCACCAACAGCUGCGAACGUAGAGGACGACGAGGAGGAAGAAGUGGAAGAAGAAGAAGAAGAAGAGGAUGCAACAUCAGCGGCGGUUGACUGUAUAUCAGAGAUAGAGGAGGACUCAGCUCAUACAGAACAUAUAUGAUGA